UCUCUCUCUCUCUCACUCUCUCUCUCUCUCUCUCUCUCUCUCUCUCUCUCUUUCGCUGUCUCGCCGCAUUCAUCGUCAUGGACGCGGAGCUGAAGGCUGUGGAGCUGCACGAGGUCCCUGAGCUGAAGAUGGAGGUGAAGGAUGACGCUCUGAAGGAUGAAGUUGAGAUGAAGAUGAAGGAUGACGCUCUGAAGGAUGAAGAUGAGAUGAAGGAUGACGCUCUGAAGGAUGGAGGUGAGAUGAAGAUGAAGGAUGACGCUCUGAAGGAUGGAGGUGAUGAAGCUGAGCUGAAGGAUGCUGAUGUGACCGAGGACCUGGACCAGGAGCAGCAAGAGAAGGAGCCGAUGACCGGAGGGCGGCGGCCCUCUGACGCGCCUCCUGCGGGCGGAGCCGCGGCCUCAGCGGCGGAGAAGAACGGCUCCGUGAAGCUGAAGAUCCCCGAGGAGGCACCGGAGGAGGUGAAGUUCACCGGCCUGAGCAAAGAGGAGCUGCUGAGGGUGGCAGGGACCCCUGGCUGGGUGAGGACUCGCUGGACCCUGCUGCUGCUCUUCUGGCUCGGCUGGUUGGGGAUGCUGCUCGGAGCCGUGCUCAUCAUCCUGCAGGCCCCCCGCUGCAGAGACCUGCCCGUCACCAGCUGGUGGAACCACGGCCCCCUGUACCAGAUCGGGAGCGUCCAGGCCUUCACCGACGGACAAGACCUGAAGGGUCUGGAGCAGAAGGUGGACGCUCUGUCUCAGCUGAAGGUCAAAGGCGUGCUGCUCGGGCCAGGCUUCGUUCAGGCGGCUCACAGGAAGGGUAUUUCUGUGGUUCUGGAUCUGACUCCAAACUACCAGGGAACAUCUGGACCCUGGUUCUCCAACGUCAGUGUGACCAACGUGGCCGAGCGACUGAAGUCCGCUCUGGUGUUCUGGUUGGAUGAAGGUGUGGACGGCGUCCAGCUGUCCGGGGUGGAGCGGGUGUCCACCAUAGUGCCGUCUCUGUGGGCCGACAUCCGAGCCAUCGUCCAGAACGGGACGGAGCAGCGUCCGGACGAGAGAGUCCUGAUCGGGACCACAGAUCGGUCCUCGGUGGAGGACGUCUCCUCUCUCCUCUCCUCCACUGGAGUGGACCUCCUGAUCUCCAGAGUUCUCCGCCCUGGGGACCCGGAUGCCACGGAGCGGGCUCAGUCCGUCCAGCGCCUGUAUUCGUCCCACAACCAGACCCGGCUGGCGUGGAGCGUGGGGGGGCGGACGCAGGGUCACCUGGCGUCGCUGGUGGGCCCGGCUCUGGUGAAGCUGCACCAGCUGCUGCUGCUCACGCUGCCGGGGACGCCGGUCUUCAACUACGGGGACGAGGUCGGCCUGAUGGACGAGGACACCAAGUUUCCCAAGAUGCUUUGGGACUCUGAUGACGCACUGAACGGGACUCGACAGGAGGACAGGGACGAGCGUCUGUCCUGUCUCAGCUUCUUCCGGAGUGUGAGCGAGUUGCGAGGUAAAGAGCGCUCCCUGCUGUUCGGGGACUUCCUCCUCCUCGCUAACUCCUCCUCCUCCAUGGCCUACCUGCGGGUCUGGGACCAGAGCUCCCGGUACCUGGCCGCCUUCAACUGGGCGGAGGAGGCCACGCUGCUGCAGCUGAGCGAUGAGACGCUGCCCCAGCAGGCGGAGGUGGUCCUCAGCACCGACAGCAGCCUCCUGCCUGCAGGGGGCAGCGUGGAGCUGAGCAGCCUGCAGCUCGGCCCCGAACAGGCCGCGCUGCUCAGGUUCCCCUACGCUGGAUAGAUCCCUUCACCAGAGGGACUGGGAUCAGAGCCCGAUUCAGACUGGGUCCAAAUCCACCAUCCAUCAUCCUAUAUCCAUCAUCCACCAUCCAUCAUCCAUCAUCCAUCAUCCAUCAUCCAUCAUCCAUCAUCCAUCAUCCACCAUCCAUCAUUCACCAUCCAUCAUCCACCAUCCAUCAUCCUAUAUCCAUCAUCCACCAUCCAUCAUCCAUCAUCCAUCAUCCAUCAUCCAUCAUCCAUCAUCCAUCAUCCACCAUCCAUCAUUCACCAUCCAUCAUCCACCAUCCAUCAUCCUAUAUCCAUCAUCCACCAUCCAUCAUCCAUCAUCCAUCAUCCAUCAUCCAUCAUCCAUCAUCCACCAUCCAUCAUCCACCAUCCAUCAUCCAUCAUCCUAUAUCCAUCAUCCACCAUCCAUCAUCCACCAUCCAUCAUCCUAUAUCCAUCAUCCAUCAUCCAUCAUCCAUCAUCCAUCAUCCAUCAUCCAUCAUCCAUCAUCCACCAUCCACCAUCCAUCAUCCAGGUUCUUAUGGAACAGUUCAAAUAACAAAGUAUAUUAAUAAUUGUCUUCAGCUCCUCACGUCUCUAAAGUGUUCUGCUCAUGGCUUCUGCUCAUGGGUCAGAGUGAGUUCCCAACAACCUCCUGUGCAGCUUCUUUGUGUAGAUCCCAGUUGUUUUAAUGCUACUGGGACAGAUGAGGUCCAGUUGCUGACAUCAGCGUUUUGCAGGAUCUCAUGUGUCAGCAUGUUUCAUCCGACUCAUCAGCACAUUUUCAUUUCCUCCAUUUCACACAAAAGUCAGAUUUGGCUGAAGACUGGUCCUGGAACAGAAACCCAGUGAGUGUCGGGCUGUGGUCACAUGAUCUCUGGUUUACUGUGGUCACCAGUUCCUCAUGAUGUUGUCAGGUGAAAAUAAAUCAUGUGAUGUGAUGAUGUCUGUGAAAAGUCAUAAAUAAAAUAUUAUAAAA